AGAGUCCCGUCAGGAGGGUGGAGACAGCCAGCUUCUUCAUGUGCACUUUUCUUCUUAACCAACAUCUUAUCUGACCUAGAGGAGAUGCCAAGAGAAGGCAUGCCCCUGCAGGCUCUGCCCUGCCUCACUCUUCAGGGCUCCAUGUUGUCUCAGUCCAAGAGGAUCAACAAACGCAAGUCGAGAGGCAUUCUGAGCGAAGGCCUGGACACUGAAUGCACCCCCACUGAGCUCAUCCAGCAGUGGUCCCCGAGCCACAAGCAACAGCGGCUCAUCAGCAAGGGGAAAGAGAAUGACUGCAACCACUUUGUCCUCGCCAGGAGAUCGAGGAGGAAAGAAGAAGCCACGUCAGCAGGUUUUUCAUGGGAUCACCUACCUGACGAGCUGCUGCUUAGGAUCCUUUUCUACCUCCCUCUGCAGGACCUCCUCAGGAUGUCUAUAGUUUGCAAGCGUUGGCAUCGCCUAGCGUUUGAUGAUUCUCUGUGGCGCAGUGUGGAUUUGGAGGGUCUGACCCACAUUGGUCCAGCUCUGCAGCAGGUGCUGAAGACCGGAGUCCACAGGCUGCGCUGCCCUCGCUCCUUUGUAGAAGAGUUGGAUUUCACAGGCGAAGGCCCACUGCAGAUGGUUCAGAUGGAUCUGUCCAGCUCCAUCAUCCCCACCUCGGCUCUGGAGAGCAUCAUCUGUCGCUGUAGGGAGUUGGAGUAUCUGAGCCUGGAGGGUCUGCAGCUCUCAGACAUGAUCAUCAGCUCGUUGUCCAAAAACCCAAACCUGCUGCAGCUCAACCUGAGCGGCUGCUCUGGCUUCUCUGCUCCCGCUCUGGCUGACAUGCUCAAAUCGUGCUCCAGUAUAGAGCAGCUGAACAUAUCAUGGUGUGACUUCAACAAUAAUCACGUGAAGAGUGUUGUCAGUAAUCUGAGCUCCGGUGUCACUCACCUCAACCUCAGCGGUUACAGAGAGAGCCUCACGCUAGAUGAUGUGAAGGUGCUGGUGGCGAGAUGCCCCCUGAUUCAAACUCUAGAUUUGAGUGACAGCACUCUGCUGGUGGCCGACUGCUUCCCUGUCCUUAAACAGCUGAAGUAUCUGCUGCAUCUGUCCCUGAGUCGCUGCUAUCACAUUCACCUCGCUGCUCUCACGGACCUGGGUAAGAUGUUCCCCAUGCUGUGCCUGCUGGACGUGUUCGGCGUCGUACAGAACAGCCACCUGCCCUCUCUAAAGAAGGAGAUGCCUCACGUCUCCAUCAACUCCAGGCCGUUCUCCAGCAUCGCCCGGCCCACGCCUGCCAGCAGGCUCGCCGGCUGCCUCGGCGACCGCACCAUGUGGAACAGGAAGUGUCAGCUGAGGUUCAAACUGUAGCCGCCACACCUCCCUCAUGUUUUUAAGCUGAGUAGGAUUCUGUUUCUGAGUGUUUGAUCCUGCAGUGUUCCAGCACACACAGAGAGUCCGGCCCAUCGUGCAGCGAUGGAGCCAUGUUUUACUGUUUGUUGCUCCUACAGAAGAUGCUUUUAGUGUUGGCUGGCACUAACAGUAGCCUUUAAGUACUGCACAUGCACGCUUUUAGACAAAUGUAAUACUUUAUUUGAGAAGGACACAUUUGGAUGUUGAAUCCAGUUCUUGUUUGAAUGUGUUAAUAGAAACUUUUUGUGGAUUUUUGAAUCUGUUUUAGGUUCUAAUAAUGUGUUAAUUUAAAGUACUUUGUAAGGGAAACAUGGUUUAAAAGGCUUGAUUGAAACGUUGACCUCUUAGGCUGUUCUCAACUGUAAUGAAAGAUCAGUCGAAGAGGUUUUAAUGAAACGAUGAAUCAGGAUGUUGAAUGUCAAACCAGCUGUGGACGUAGCUGUCGAUUCACUUGGUUGCUGAACAGACAAUGCGUUGAUAUGCAGGCUCACACAUCUCGCUGUGUGCUGCUGUAACCACUGGACCAGGCUAUCAAUAUUGUACGUGUGACUUCUGUCCAGCUGCUUUUUAUAAUGUGCUCAGUAUGUCAGUGUACAUGUGCUGUAUGCUCAGUGCUCUGUCUCAAUAAACUGUCAUACAGACUGAA